CUUCAACGGAGGGCGGAACAUCUGAGAACGGAGGCGCGCGCCGGAAGCCCAUCGUCGAUUCAUUUCUCUUUUUGUAUACCAUAUCGCAUAUUUGACGACAAGCCAGAAUGGCGGCUCAACCCGGAAACUACUGGAUACGGACUCUCGACGUCCAGACCAACACGGAUAUGUCCGAUAUGCACGAUGGUACACUAAACCUAGACUCGGAUGCGUAUCUGCAUACAUUGUUAAUCCCUCCCGAGUCCUCCAGUGGCAGACUGAGCCUGCCGAUGAAGUAGGGCGACAUGUGGAAGAUCACGAACGCUGCGAAGUGGUGUAGCACUACUGUAAAGACGGCACGCAGAGAAACCACAGGUCAUCCUUCGAGUUCCCCGUCAGUUCUGUACGCAGUCACUGAUGAGUGUGGCCCAUGAACUCCGAUGCCGUAGCCGGGAAGAUGGGUGCGCUUCAGACGCGCUACUGUACCUGCUGAGGUCGUAAUCGGUCGAGAUCCUGAAAUAGUCUAAUCAAGUCCAAUUUUGAAAGCGAA